GCCAGCCCUCUGCUCUUUACUGAGCCCAACCGACCGUCGCCUCUGCUGUGUGCACGCUCGGCCACUGGACAGAAACCGGGCACCACGAUGCGGCUCCGCCUCCUCCUGUGCCUGGCGCUCCUCAGCCCGCGGAUGGCCACCCUGCGCCGCCCCCAAAAGAAGAGAGUUCCGGAGCUGCCGCCCGCAGUCGCCACGGCGGCCCCUGGCAGCCGGGACUUUGUCUUCGACCUCUACAGGGCCUUGGCCGCGGCUGUCCCCGACCAGAACAUCUUCUUCUCCCCUCUGAGCAUCUCCGUGAGCCUGGCCAUGCUCUCCCUGGGGGCGCGGGCCAACACGAAGGCGCAGGUCCUGGCGGGCCUGGGCCUCAACCCCCAGGAGGGCCAGGAGGAGGAGCUCCACAGCGCCUCCCAGCGGCUGCUGCGGGAGCUCGAGCAGCCCGGAGACAGCCUCCAGCUGAGCCUCGGCAACGCCCUGUUCACCAAGCCCACGGUGCCCAUCGAGGAGGCCUUCCUGGGCGCCAUGAGGACGCUGUACCUGGCAGACACUUUCCCCACCGACUUUGAGGACCCUGAAGGGGCUCAGAAGCAGAUCAAUGAUUACGUGGCAAAGCAAACGAAAGGCAAGAUUGUGGACUUGGUUAAGGGCCUGGAUGGCACCGAGGUCAUGGUCAUAGUGAAUUACAUCUUCUUUAAAGCUAAGUGGGAGACAAGCUUCAACCGCAAAAGCACCCAAGAGCAGGACUUCCACGUGACCUCGGAGACGGUGGUGCGGGUACCCAUGAUGAAACGAGAGGAUCAGUUUUACUACCUCCUGGACCGAAACCUCUCCUGCAGGGUGGUAGGGGUCCCCUACCAAGGGAACGCCACCGCCUUCUUCAUUCUCCCCCGCGAGGGCGGGAUGGGGCAGGUGGAAAAUGGCCUGAAAGAAAAAACACUGAGGAAGUGGCUCAAGAUGUCCAUGAAGAGGCAACUUGAGCUUUACCUACCCAAGUUCUCCAUUGAGGGCUCCUAUCAGCUGGAGAAAGUCCUCCCCAAGCUGGGGAUCAGAGAUGUCUUCACCUCCCAUGCUGACCUGACCGGCAUCUCCAACCAUUCCAGCAUCCAGGUGUCUGAGAUGGUGCACAAAGCCGUGGUGGAGGUGGACGAGUCGGGAACCCAAGCGGCUGCAGCCACGGGGACGAUCUUCAUGUUCAGAUCUGCCCGGAUGAGCUCUCAAAGGAUAGUAUUCAACAGGCCCUUUCUGAUGCUCAUUGUGGAGAACAGCAAACACAUCCUUUUCCUCGGCAAAGUGACUCGCCCUUGAGAUGGGGAUUUCUCCUGAAAGGCACGGGCUUCCAUAGUGGAAGAUGAGGGUGCACUAUGGCCAUGUAUCUGCUGGGAGCUGGUGAUAUACGCAGGUUUAAUUGACUAAUGAGGCUUCCACAAAUAAUAGUAAUAACAAUAACAUUGAAAUACUGAUGAUUGCUUCUAUUCACGUGAUUGCAAGAUGGGUGCUUUGGAGAACAUUUGGUUUUGCUCUCACCUUUCAUCAAUGGAGAUUAGCACUGAGAUCCAGAGAGGCCACACAGCAUGCUAGUGGCAGAGAGAAGCUCAGAAUCCAAUCCAGGAGGAUUGUUCCAGUAGAUAUUUCCACCAGGAAGCAUAUUCCCAAGCCUAGUUCCCCACCUGUCUGCAAUACCAGCUACCAGUUUGCCAUGGUUUGGAAAGGACACUGGAAUGGGGGUAUGAAGUGGGGCUUCUGUCCCAGCUGUGUGACAUUGGGUAAUACUGUCGCUCUCUGGACUUCGGUUUCCCCACGUAUACGAUGAAGGGUCAGGUCAAGGAUUGGAGGAUCCUUGAAAUCAUAUCAAUAGGGUAGAAUGUUCCCCACAAAUCAGUUGAUUUCAAUGCAUCCAAGUGCCACCCAUCUUUUAAGGAAAGCAGGUGGACGGCAGGGUGGACACGGCCAUCCCAGGUUUGUACCGUCCUGUGGGUACAUUUACAACCUCAUGGGCUUGGCUGGGGGUGGGAGAAUGGAGGCCUGUUGCAAAUACUAGAGUAUCAGUUGAAGACCCUGAUGACUAACUGUGGAUUUUAGUGUCAGCAAUAACAAUAAAGCAUUUUGCAAACA